UCACACACAAUUGGAUCAAGCAGAAAUCGCUCAGUUCUGCCUCCAGGACAAGACUCAUCCCAAUAAACGUCAACCUGAUUUAAAGUGUCGCAGGCAGGGCUGGUCUGUGGUGGAGGCUUUCCAGUUAUCAAAUUAGAGUCGGUGAGCUGGGAUAGGCUGGGAGUUUGGUUCAGAGAAGUUCGGACAUAGCCUACUGCGGGACGGGGCAAGAAGAGUAGCGACUGAAUGUGGGACAGGAAAUCUGACGUGGACCAUCUACGAGAAAUAAUCGCAUUUGUUGCAUACAGCAAUCAAGGAUCUCACCCGCGUGAAUGACAAAGGUUGGGUGGGUAAACUUUGUCAUUCGGGUCUGAUCGUUCUAAAACCGGGCUGUUGUUUUUAGUGGAAGCGCUGAAAGAGAACAUCAUGCCAAGGCGGACCGUGCACGAAGUAACAGUUCAAGAUGUCCAGAAGAGGAGAAAUCCGAACAAACACUAUGUUUACAUCAUCAAAGUGUCCUGGUCUGAUGGCAGCACCGAGGUCAUCUUCAGGCGCUACAGCAAGUUCUUCGACCUGCAGAUGGAGCUUCUGGAUAAGUUCCCUGUGGAAGGAGGGCAGAAAGACCCCAAGCGCAGAAUCAUCCCUUUUCUACCAGGGAAGAUCCUGUUCAGGAGAAGCCAUAUCAGGGAUGUGGCCAUGAAGCGCCUGAGGCCUAUCAACGAGUACUGCAGGGCUCUGAUUCAGCUGCCCGUGUACGUAUCCCAGUGUGAGGAGGUUCGUGUAUUCUUCGAGACUCGUCCUGAAGACCUCAACCCACCUAAAGAGGAACCCAUUGGAAAGAAGAAGCCAGGGAUUGUGGAGAGAGCGACUACUUUCCUAAAGAGAGGAGACUCCACCUCAGCUGACCCUCUGCUCCUAGACCAGUAUGUGGCCGUCACUGACUAUGAGAAACAGGAGAGCUCUGAGAUCAGCCUGCACGUGGGACAGACGGUGGAGGUCAUCGAGAAGAAUGAGUCUGGUUGGUGGUUUGUUAGUUCAGACGAGGCCCAAGGCUGGGUCCCUGCCACCUGCCUGGAGGCCCAGGAUGACCCUGACGACUUCUCCCUUCCCAGCGAGGAAGUGUCCCGGAGAUACUGGUCACUGCCGAGCCUUGUGGGCCGCCGGCGAACGUUAGGGGAUCUGUUCAGCACAGGCUUUGGGCAAGAGGAGAAGUACACAGUGAUCUACCCAUAUGCAGCGCGAGACCAAGAUGAGAUCGACCUAGAAAGUGGCAUGACGGUGGAGGUCAUGCAGAAGAACCUUGAGGGCUGGUGGAAGAUCAGGUACCAGGGACAGGAGGGCUGGGCCCCGGCGUCCUACUUGAAGAAGGCCGACAUCCUGAGCCAGAAGCUUGUGGCGGGGGCAGCGGGCCACUCCAGCACUAACGACCUGGACGGAUUCUCUAAGCAGCAGAGUCAACAGAACCAAGCCAAGGAGAGCCGAGGAGACAACAAGGAUCAGAAAGACAAGGGCUUCUCCCCCUUUGCCAAGCAGCACAAACAAGGGGCUAGACAGAGACCACCUCCACGCAGGGAUCUCACCAUCCCGAGGGGGCAGAACCUGCCCAAGCCACCCACCCCUCCCCAGGUGGAGGAGGAGUUCUAUACCAUCGCAGACUUCCAGACCACCAUCCCCGACGGCAUCAGCUUCCAGGCUGGGGUCAAAGUGGAGGUGAUAGAGAAGAACUCCAGCGGCUGGUGGUACAUUCAGAUUGAAGAGAAAGAGGGCUGGGCCCCUAUCACCUUCAUCGACAAAUACAAGAAGACCAGCUUGACCCCGCGCCCCAACUUCCUUGUACCUCUGCCCAACGACUUGGUCCAGCUGAAGCUGGAGGAUGGCACUGCUGGCGGUGCGGGGCAAGAGGACAGCUGGUCCAAACCGCUGCCAGACGAACCCACGGCGGGGUGCGAGUCCGUAGCCCGGCCCAAACUCAGGGACUGGAAGUCCAGUGCCAGUAAGGCGGCUUCUGCUUUUUCCGGUCCCCUGCCCCCAGCCCCGUCUGCCCCACUGACUGAGGAGAAGCCAGCCCUGCCACCCCGCAGGGAAUCCAUCAACAAGAGCACGGACAUUGAGAUUACUGUGGAGAAACACAAGCCAGACAUAUCCAAACCCUUGCCUUUGAAAACCCCUGCCCCGGGGGUCAUCAUGCCCCUGCUCACCCCCAAAGCUGCCCCCUUCAAGCCAGACAAGCCCCCCGAGCCCAAAAGAGAGGUCACGAACAAACCUCUGCAUUUGAAGAAUGAGAUGGGUUUGGAGUGUGGCCACAAGGUCUCCGCCAAGGAGGUGAAGAAGUUCAACCUGAAACCUGUGGCUAAGCAACCACCCAAGCCCAUGCCUGAUGCACCGGAGGAGAAACCAGAGGUCGCCGGCCCUGCACUGUUCAUGAAGCCUAAACCCAUUGUCCGGCCCAAACCCGUCCCAGCUGCCAAGCCAGAACCGCCAGCUGAGAACAAGCUGGAUAUCACCAACCUGAGGAGGAAGCUAAAGCCUUCAAAGCCAGCUGAACCAGGCUCUGGAUCAGCAGAGCCAAGCCAGCAAAACGGCACUGCUCCAAACAACGCCCCUAAUAAUGCUUUACCCAAGAUGCCUCCUGGUAAUGUACCCCCCAAGAUGACCCCUCCUAAUAAUGUUCUCCAAAACAUGCCGCGUCCCAACAGCCCCCCUCUCAAUGCACUCCCCAAGAUGCCCCCGGCCCCCAAUGCUCUCAAUGGCAAGGACAGCGACGAGCCCAAGUUCUCCCCUAAGCAGCAAAACGGCCACGGACAAGUGAGCCAGGAUGUCCCCAAACCCGCCGUUCCCCCCCCCAAAGAACCUCCAGGGAGACCAGCCGUCCUCCCUAGGCGACCCCCUCCACCCAAAAAGACCUCAGAGCCAUCCAGCCCCACAGAAACCAAAGCUCCCCUGAAAGAGCUCCCAGACACCAAGCCUGCUCCCCCCCAGCUCAGCAGACCACCUCCCCCUAAACCCAAGGCCUUCAUGCUGCCCCCGCCUAAAGACAAGGACAAGGGGGAGCCCAAGACGAAAGUGCCUGUGGCCCCAAAGCCCCUGGUUAAGAUUGAGAAACCAGGCCCUCCGAGGGAUAAGCUGCCUCCUCUGAUCAAGGAUCCCAGUAAAGAGGAGCUGUUCUUGGCCGUGGCGGACUUUGAGGGCGACGAUCAGAUGGGUGGCUUCAAGGAGGGCACCGUGUUCGAGGUGAUAGAGCGGAACAGCAGCGGCUGGUGGUUUUGUAAAAAUCUAGGAGAAGGGCCAAUGAAAGAGGGCUGGAUCCCCUCCAAUUACCUGACCAAGAAACCCUAGGUAACAGGUUAUGUUGGCCUUUUUAAUAAACAUAUUACUAAUUGUAUUUAAUUAGCUUUUUAUUUAUAGGUACCUUUUUGAUUGAGAUUUGUUACUUUGUUAAAUUCCAUUUGUUUAGCAAGAAUGAACCAGCAAUGUUUGUCUUUUUGCAUAUUGUUUAGUUAUUUUUUUGUACUUUUUAUCCUCGUUACAAAUUACUAAGCAUAAAAUCCGUAACAAGCAAAUGUUCCUCAUGUUGUUCACCUUUUGUGCCAUAUGUUACUCAACAAGCCUAUAAUGUAAUUUUAUGAUACAGUAAUGUUAUCACAAGCUUUGUAAUAGAACAGAUGAAUGUCUUUCCAAGCCUUCUAUAAUAUUGUGCCUCAGUAUAGUGCUUUAAGCUUAAAUAUAUGCAAUUUAGCUUGUUAGUUUCUCAGUUAGUAUAUCAAAAAGAUACUUAAGUCUAAUGAGUGGAGUCAUAACUGACAGUGCAAUGCAUUUGGAAAAUAAAUCAGACCAUACAGAGGAACCAGGGUCCGUAUCCACGAAGCAUCUCAGACUAGGAGUGCUGAUUUAAGAUCAGUUUAGCCUUUUAGAUCAUAAUGAAUAAGAUUACAUGGAUAGGGGUACCUGAUUCUAGAUCAACACUCCUACUCUGAGAAUCUUUGUGAAUACUGGCUGAGAUAAUCACAAGACAAACAGCCAAAACCAGCCUAAGGCAGAAGGCUAUGGAUACUGAAGAUUCCUCAAAGAACACCCCUCCUCCACUAAGGUUACAAUGGGAGUUCAAGAGGACAUUGUGGCUUUCAAGUACUAAAAUAUUAACACUUCAAGCAACGUUUUUGACGAGUGCUAACACUAAACAUUUAUACAGAUCUUGUCAGGUUUGUGAACGCGUUUAUUUCUCUUUCGGGAACUGCGUAAUACUGAUGCAGCUGAUUUGUAACAGAUGUGCACUUCUCAGAUUAUUCAGCCGUUCAGACAGUUCAGGUUGGCAAUCGGGAUUACCAAACUGGGGGAGUGAGCCUGUCUUUCAACUCACUCUUGAACGUUGUAAUAGAAUGCACAAAGUGCAAUUUUAAAAUGAGGCAUUGCAUCAGUUCUCUCGUCGGUCAUUGCGUACCUUAGAGGUAUUUAUAAUUUCUCAGAAAUGUCCAUUGAAAAGCUUGGGAACCCCUGGCUUAAUAGACCGAUGGAGAGGAAGUAUAGAAUGUACAAUUGAAAGCCACAGCCAUGUUUUAAAACACUCAAAUAAGGUUGCUGCAAGACUUUGGGAGCUGCAUUGUAUACCAGGGUUGGAGUCCAACUCCUUUCAGGAAGGACUGAAUUGAAAUGAAAAUGGACCCUUUCCCUGGUGUUCACAGUACAAUAGGUGGAAAACACCCUAUUGAUUUCAUAAACUGUAGCUCUACCAUCAAUACAGCCCGUAAAUAUGAGAAUUGACCUGCGAUUUAUGCAAUAAUAACAUUUACAUUAGUGUUUGACUGGUUUCAAGCAUAGACUUAGCAAAAGUUAAUUUUAUCGUACUUCCAGAAUGAAGUAAUGUCAGCUGUCGUUUACUUUUCACCCUUUGCCAGGUCUGGUUUGCCGUAGUUGGAACUUAAUCAUGCAUUGUUCCUACAGCCGAUGUAGUAACAUGUGUUUCCCAAAACACCACGCAGAGAGAACAUUCAGCAAGUGCGUCGUUGGAACAUGUCGACACUAUUAGGUUCGAAAGAAAGAUAGCGGAUCCUAGAGAAGCGCUUUCUCCAUUCAAAUUUGACCUUUAAAAUAAUUGUCACAAUACUGGACUACAGAUCAGCUCCUUGAGAGAUAUCGCCUAUGGCUGCAAUUAUCGAGGUGGCCUAUUAUAAUGGUUACCAGUUAAUGCAUUACAUCACAGAUUUGGCACAUCGUUGCAUUAAUGUUCCUACACAUUACAUAUUGGGAAAUAGCAGACAGUAGCCUACAAUUAGAUAAAUAGAACAUAUUGAUUUAAAUAUGAUCGAAACACAUAAGCAAAUGUAGUGUGUACUCAUUUAUAGUCAUCUUGGUUUUCAUUUGAAGCAUAUUUUGUUACAAUUGCAAAGACAUUGCCCACUUUGUAGCCUAAUUAAAGUUAUCGGUGGUCACAGAGAUGGAUAAAAAUCCAUUGAUUGUGUGUUUAACGGAGGUCUUGUGUAUAAAGCGACGUGGAAGGACAAAAAAAAGCAUGUAACGAUGCACUUGGCUUUUCAAGUGGUGUGAAGCAGUCGGUAAAUAGGCCUAACAAGCCUUUAAGUGUGACUAGUAACAAUGGCUACUACGAAGGAUCUAACAAACUUAGCCUUAAGAUACUUCUGGGAAACUGGGCCAUGGUCAUGGAGAAAGAGGGUUGGUCUCCUAGGAGACACACUGACAAGGCUGGGAGUGCCUGUAGCUCGGUUAAUUGGAGAAUCUCAGAAUAUGGUUGAUCUGAUUCUGCUCCUAGUUGCUUGGAUACUAUGUUUUUCCCAUCCCCCUCGUGUUAAAGUACUAGGUCCAAUGCUGUGUGUCAGGUCCCUAACCAGCAUUAAAAUCAUAAGUAACUUGGAGUUUUCCGGUCUUUGGCAGUGUGCAUAGUACACAAGUAAUGAUAUUUGUAAUGAUCAACACUAGUGUCAACUCAUUGAGUGAGACCUGACAGUUAGUGGAAUGUGAGUGAAACCUAGAUUGGGUUAGGGUAUGGGUUGGAAAGACAUGCAUUCAACAGUUUAGUUACUGAAGCAUAAGGAGAGGCACACAGGGAUGUGUACGCUAAAACAGUAUGGAUUGUCUUAUUGCUUUAAGUAAUGCUUUACCCUAAACUGGUCAAUUUAAUUUGAAAAUUAAUUUAUGAAAAUAAACUGCUCAUUCUUUAUUCUUUGAGAUAUGCAGCAUAAACACCUUUCCAGCGGACAUAUUGCGCAUAUCCCAUCUUGGUCCUGUAAUGUAUUCGUAAUACUUGUGUAUUUCCCCUCAUGGUUCUCUUUCAUAUUAAGUCAAUAAACAUUUUUUUUUUUAAUUA